AUUGAAACAUUUUUACUCGACUAUAACAUACUCGAUUUUUUAUAAAUAUGUGCGUUUUAUCGGAUCUGUUACAGUAUUAUGCAAAAACCGAUCCCAAAAAAUUUAUCCGAUAUGCGCAUCCUAUUUCGAUAGUUUUUCUGUUCGCGGCCACUGUAUUCUUUUUCACCUGGGAGGUGUUCUUUUUGCUGCCCGACUUGAUUGGAACAGAGGGCUGGUUCUACAAAGCCAACUGGAUCGUGGACUUGGUUAUAGCCUACAACGUUUGGGCCAACAUGCUGGCCUGCUACCGCACGGACUGCUCAGUGGCGAGGCUUCCGAAGGAUCGUCUGGUUCCAGGCCCUGACGAGAAGCACUUGUGGCACCACUGUGAGGACUGCAAGCAAUUAGUACCACCACGAUCCUGGCACUGUAAAUUUUGCAGAUGUUGCAUCUUGAAGCGGGACCACCACUGCAUCUUCACGGCCAAUUGCAUAGGGCACAACAACCACAGGUACUUUUUCUGGUUCACUUUCUACGUGACCUUGGGAACUGCCGUGGCCUUAGUGACCAAUUUCGCCUACAUGGUUAAAUACAAUAUUUUGCUCCACGGGCCAGCCUUUAUCUUUAAUAUAUUUAUCUGGAUUUCCGGAUCAAACUCGCCCAUGGUGAAGUACAAUUUAAAGGAGAACGUUGUAUUCUCAUUCAACCUGUUCUCCGUGGCACUUGCUGGUAUCAUGUUGGUAAACCAAACUUGCAUUAUCUACCGGAAUGCGUCCUUCUACAAAAGAGAAGGCAGAUAUGAUCUAGGACUGCGGAAAAACAUAAAUAUUAUAAUGGGAAAAGCUGGCCUGUGGACUUUUCUGUCGCCUUCUAUAAAAAGCCCUUUGCCCCAUGAUGGCGCCCAGUGGCAACUGCGGAAGAUCAUCAAAUAAAAAAAAUCUAAAAAUAUUU